AAGUUGUAUUUACCUGUUUCUUGGGGAUCUCUUCCGGUUUGUGCCCAAGACUACUUACUGGUCACGCCGAAUUUCAUCACCAUUACAUCGGGAGGAACCGCUCCUGCAGCAUCGUUGGAGUCUACAGCGAAAGAUUAAGAGUGCAGGAUGGAUAAUCAUUGGCUGGCGUUUUUUAUGAUAAUUUGCAUCCGCCUCGUGUUGGCUCAGACUGAUUCGAGUGAUGUGACUGCGUCAUCCCAAAGUAUACUCGAAUCGACUUCUGAAAAGGCGUCUUCUGACGCAGUUUCGCCAUCAACAAGCGGUGAAUCACCUGAAAAACCUUCUUCUCCUUUGCAUCUUUUUAACGCUCCAUCAUCUAUAAAAACAGCACAUUUUGGUCAAAGAGUAAAAUCUCCUGAAAGUAGUAGCGAAUAUGCUUUACCAUGGAAUGCUGUGGAGUCAAGCUCUCAAGAAGUAAUUACAGAUCCACCAACUACAGUUCAGGAGACCACCACGGUCUCUCAAAGUGUACAGCAAUUUCAGCAACAAUACCAACAGCAGUAUCAACAACAAUUGCAACAACAGUAUCAACAACAAUUGCAGCAGCAGUCUCAACAGCAGUUCCAGCCUCAGUCUCAACAGCAAUUCCAGCCGCAAUCUCAACAACAAUUGCGACAACAGGCUCAACAACAGUCUCAGCAAUUGUUACAACCGCAGUCUCAACAACAGUCUCAACAAUUAGAGCAGCAGUCUCAACAGCAGCUGCAACAACAGUCUCAACAGCAAUUGCAACAGCAGUCUCAACAACAAUUUCAGCCACAGUCUGAACAGGAGUCACAACAACAGUCUGAACAGCAAUUGCAACAGCAGUCCCAACAGCAGUUUCUACCACAGUCUCAAGAGCAGGUGCCACAAUUGCAACAACAAUUUCAACCGCAGUCUCAAGAGCAGGUGCCACAAUUGCAACAACAAUUUCAACCCCAGUCUCAGGAGCAGGUUCCACAACUACAACAGCAAUCUGAACAGCAUUUUCAGCAGCAUUCCCAGCAGCAUUUUCAACAACAAUCCCAACAGCAAUUGCAACAACAGUCUCAACAGCAGUUUCAAGCAGUUAAUUCAAACAUCAAGCAAUACAAAGCAUCUUCAAUCAAAACUGCAACAACUAGCGAAUCUCCAAAGGCACCUGAGACUCAAAAUGAAGUAGAAACUAAAAUCAAAACUCCUUUCCACAGUCAACUCAGUGAAGAAGAACGCCUUCAGAAAGCAGACCAAGCACUGAAUGAGUUUUUUAGCGACGUUAUGCAAAAUCUUAGCGUUGUGAUGAAAACAGGAAUGGAUGAACCUUUGGGUGAGAUCCUGGAUCCCGUCCGGCUCGAUGAUAUGCAACUGCAGCCUCUUGUGGCUGGAGAAGUUUUCGAUGUGAAAAUGAGGAAGAUCACUGUAGGAGGUUUAUCGGAUUACCGAGUUACUCAGCUGGAAAGCCAGCUAGCUGAAUCCCGAAUCAAAAUCGGAAUUCAUUAUCCAAAACUUUAUGCCAACUGCCUUUUUGCAGCUAAUGGAACAAUGUAUGAGAUCUUCAAGGUAACCGGAAGAGGUAAUGCAACAAUUAUAUUUAACGAAGUUCAUGCUCGAACUGUCAUGUACCUCACAAAGGAUAACGGUGUUCUUCAGGUUGCCUCCGCUGACCAACCUUAUGUAGAUUUUUCAUCAGCUGAAAUCCUGUUCCGCGACGAAGAUGCCGCAGAGGGAGCUGAACCGAUAAAAGCUGAAAGCGUAGCAACUCAGUUGGGUCCACUGUACUUCUGGGUUCUCACGGCUAAUGCUGUUGAUAAAAUUGACUACCCCUUAGCUCUGUAUUUCAAUAAGGCUUUGAAGGAAUUCCCUCUUAAUGAUUUUCUACAAGGACAUGUAUUUAGGCAGAGGCAUUUAAGAAUACACGUUCCUCAUAAUCCCCUUCCAUACGCUUAUGUGUCACCGGAUCUUACUUACAAGCCCUGAAAUUCAUUAUCCAACCAAUGAAAACUAUACGAAAAGAAAUGUUAAUUAACUCUAAAAAGAAUGAUAUUCCAGGGCAGCUCACAAUCAUUCAUCGCACAAAAUAUAAUUAAGGAAGUUUAAAGGAGUAAUUCUUUCCAACGCUAUUCAGAAAAUUUUAUCACUGAAGUGCAACAAAUGUUUGCUAGUACAAAGGCGAUUCUCUGAAUUUCUCUUUAAGUAAAAUUGAAUGAACUUUAACAAAACUGCCACUUAUUGAACGAAGUUGUUUAAUUAUGGUACUUUAAUUAACGCAGUAUAUAAUCACUAAUAUUUAAAUAACUAAAAUUACAAUAUUAUUCUGAUAUUAAAUACAGGUUUAAUCAAUGCUUUAUUUAAAUACUUAAGUAAGCUAUUUAAUUUAAAAACUUUUUUUAUGUGAGUAAAUUUAUUCAUGUGCAUUUACGUUGCUGUAGCUUUGAUCGAUGCAUUUAUUUUAGUAUAUCUAGACAUGUCUACGAAAUAUUCUAUUCUAUUUUAUUUAUUUUUAUGGAGCUGGCAUCCGUGUCUUUUGUGUCAUUAUAUUUGUCUGUUUUGUUAAUUUAUUAUUUAAACCUGUGUCAGUCGAAUAAAUGUAGUAUGUAUAAUUAACGAACAAAAAUAAAAAUGUAAGGAAUAAAAAAA